AUGGCGCCUGCUACACGGCCAGAAACAGUCCUCAAACAGGCAGAGGGCCUCGUAUCAGUUGGACAGACGCAUGCGGCUCUGCAAUCUCUCACCGAAAUGUUCUCGUCGAAGAAAUUCCGAUCGACACCACUCACCUCUCUGGAACCGAUAAUGCACCGGUUCGUCGAGCUGUGCGUCGAGAUGCGCAAGGGUAGAACGGCGAAGGAGGGGCUCAUGCAGUACAAAAACAUUGCCCAGAAUACGAGCGUUCAGAGUAUUGAGAAUGUGAUCACGAGAUUCGUAGAGCUGGCGGACAAGAAGGUCAGGGAGGCGCAGGAGAAAGCAGCGAUCAAGGUUGCAUUAGACGUCGAUGAUCUGGAGGCGAGCGAGACUCCGGAGAGCAUUCUGUUGGGCGCCGUCAGUGGCGACCAGAGCAAGGACAGGACAGACAGGGCGCUCGUCACUCCUUGGCUCAAAUUCUUGUGGGAGAGCUAUCGAACGUCGCUGGAGACGCUGAAGAACAAUGCGCGACUGGAGACAAUCUAUCAGCAAAUUGCCCAACAAGCGUUCAAGUUCUGCUUGAAAUACCAGCGUAAGGUCGAAUUCCGUCGUCUCUGUGAGACUCUGCGACUUCACCUUGCGAAUGUCGGCAAAUACUCGCAACAGCCCCACUCCAUCAACCUCUCCGACGCCGACACGCUUCAGCACCAUCUCGACACCCGCUUCGCACAGCUCAAUACGUCCGUUGAGCUGGAGUUGUGGCAGGAAGCCUUCCGUUCUGUCGAAGAUGUCCACAAUCUGUUAACGAUGGCCAAGAAAGCCCCGCGUCCUGCUAUGAUGGCCGGCUACUACGAGAAGCUGACCAGGAUUUUCUUGAUGAGCGGCAACGCGCUUUAUCAUGCUGCUGCAUGGAGCCGAUACUACGCCAUUGUAUCGAGCAUCGGUGGAAAGUCGUCAGAGGAGAUGAGUCGAUUGGCCGCACAAGUCCUGGUUAGCGCCCUAGCCGUCCCUGUGGGUCUUCACACCGAGGAUGAGCUGAAAGGGAAGAACGCUCGGUUGAGCGCCUUGCUAGGGCUCACUAAGAUGCCUUCGCGUUCUGGCUUGCUUAAGGACGCGCUUUCGAGAGACGUCCUACGACUCUCCCCUAAUUCGGUCAAAUCGUUGUACAACAUUCUAGAAGUCACGUUCGACCCGCUGUCACUCUGUUCAUCCAUCGCACCUCUUUUCCACGAACUAUCGGAGGAUGCAUCGUAUUCUCCUUACUUGACCCUCCUUCAACGCGCUCUCCUCUCUCGUCUUCUCUCCCAACUCUCCCAGGUCUACUCGACCGUUAAAAUCGCACAACUCCACGAACUUAUUGCCCCUCUCAAGGAGUCUAGCGCUGAUGACAAUUCGACGUUUGACGAAGUGCAGGUGGAAGCGUACGUGAUGGGUUGCGCGAGGAGAGGAGAAUUAGCCAUCAGGGUCGACCAUGCCGCUGGCAGCAUCACCUUCGUCGACGAUGCUUUCAGCUCUAAUGAAGAAGCGAGCACGUCUUCAGCGGCGUCUGGCUCGUCAUGGGAAUCGACCGUUCAGCCGUCUGCCGCUGAGCUUGUGCGAACACGCCUCUCGUCGAUAGCUACAUGCCUUCAUAACUCGCUCCUUGUGAUCGACCCGCCUCCGCCUGCGUUGACAGCGGAGCAGCAGCAGGAGAAGGUCAAAUCUCUUGUCGCUGUGGCCCAAGCAGAGCGCAAGGCCCUGCAAGUGCGGCGUGCCCUGGUGGCCAGGCGGAGAGAAUUGCUGAGCGAGCUGACCGUUCGCAAGGAGAAGGAAGAGACGAGCCGACGAGCCGAGAUUGCCCGACGGGAGAAAGAGGAGGACGAGAGGCGGUUGAGGGAGGAGGCUCGGAAGAAGGAGAGGGAGAGGACACAACGAGAGAUUGAGAGUAUACGGGCUGAGGAGGCGAAGAAGCUCGCGCUGGCGAUGGUGGAACGUGGUCAGCUCAAGGGUGUUGAUGUGGAUAAUAUGCAGAAUUUGGACCAGGAGAAUCUCAUAUCGAUCCAGGUCGCGCAGAUCGAGAAGGAGAAGAAGGAGAUGACUGAACGCUUGCGUGUCGUCUCCAAGCGCCUGGAUCACAUCGAGCGUGCUUAUCGCAAAGACGAGCGGCCUCUCCUUGAUAGGGAUUACGAAGAGCAACAAAGUAAUGACCGUGAAACAUUCAUGUCGGUGCAAAAAUCUGUCAAGGAGGCUGCGAAACACACGCACGACGAAAACCUGGAGACGAAGGGACGACUGUCGCGGAUGCUGGCCGACUAUAAGGCCAGGAAAGAAGUGUUAGCCGCGAAGAAAGAACAGGAGUAUACAAAGAUGUUGGAGGCUGCUUCUAGGAAAAUUGCGGAGGAGAAAGCGAAGAGGAAGAGGACCCUUCUGUUGCAAUGGGAAGAGGAAAAGAAGAAGCAGGAAGAGGAGGAGAGAAUACGUAGGGAAGAGGAAGAAGAGCAAGCUAGACUUGAGGCUGAACGCCUCGCUGAAGAGGAGCGACUUCGUGAGGAAGAAGAAGCAGCUCGUGCAGAAGCUGAAGCCAAGAAACGUGAGGAGGAAGAAAGACACGCAGCCAUCCGCAAGGCCCGUGAGGAGGAGCGCGCCAAGGCUGAUGAACAGGCCCGCUUGCAACGCCAACGCGAGGAAGAGGCAGAAGCCCGCAGAGCAGCCCGUGCUGCAGAGAAGGCUUCUGCCUCUCAGCAGGCCGUCAGGAAACCUGUCUUCGCGGCAGCCCGGGAGAACGGCAAGGAGGACGCGGGUGUGUGGAGAAGAUCUACCCCCUCUGCCAAUUCUACGCCCUUCGCGUCUUCACGCUCCUCGACUAUCCCUCCCGCCAGACCAGAGAGCCCUGCGGGUGGUGCGGCCCCCGUCAAGCGCUAUACCCCAGGUGCCUUGCGUGCGCAGAGAGAGGCGGCAGGCGGCAGCGCCCCGUCGCCGAUUUCCAGAAGCUCUGCUGCUGUAUCCGGGGGUUCACGCCCCUCUUCCCCUGCUCCGGCUAGAGACGAUAAGGCGGAGGAAGAUGGCUUCCAAAAGGUCGAGAAAAAGGUAUGGAAGCCUCGGCAAUUGCGGUAA